AUAAGCUCACCCUUUGGGCUUCAAUUUUCGCACCGGAAAAUGGCAUCAUUCAGAACCAUCACAAGCUUUCUCGUCCGGGGAAUUUUCCGUCCGUCAAUACACUUCCCAAAUGUUGUUCGCUUCAUCCACAUCUCGCCGGCAGCGUUCCCGGCGACGAACCUUGUUGUGAGUCAUCGAAUUUUAUCACGGAGUCUCUCUUUUAGUCCGGUUAGGUGUGCGGCGUCGUCCAACGGUGGUGCUGAUGAUGGAAAGAAGUCUCCGGCGCGGCUUGCUCAGGUUCAACAGCUGUUACAUGAAGCUAAGGAGCGAGCUCAAGCUGCGGGCAACGAUCCUAUUCCUAAGAUUACUCUUGAUCACGUGACUGUCAACUUUGCAAGAAGUGGAGGUCCUGGAGGUCAAAAUGUCAAUAAAGUAAAUACCAAGGUGGAUAUGCGGUUCAAUGUUGAAAAAGCUUAUUGGUUAAGUGACAGAGUCAGAGAGAAGAUUUUGCAAAUGGAAAAGAAUAGGAUAAAUAAGGAUGGAGAGCUUGUGAUCUCUUCAACAAAGACGAGAACUCAGAAGGGUAACAUCGAAGAUGCUUUGAGUAAAUUACAGGAUAUAAUUGAUGCUGCUUCUUAUGUACCACCACCUCCAUCUGAAGAGCAAGUGAAAAGAAUAACGAAAUUGGCUGCUAUUGGGGAGCGCAAACGACUUGACAAUAAGAAGGCCCAGUCACAAAAGAAGGCUAUGCGAAGAAGCAGAGAUAGUUAUGACUAACUCCAAGAGCUCAAGAUGUCUAACACAGGCACUUUGCUAUCAAAUUCUCCCAGCACUUUGAUCAUUUCCUUCAUCCUACUUUUAAACGAUACAAAAAUGUUUGAGGAAUCAGUACAGAAUCCUCUGUAGGUCCUUCAGAUGACGGCUUCUUGAUAUAACUUAUACACUGUGUUAGCUUUAAAGAAUCUAGACAUUGCCAACCAGCCUAAGCUUUAGCUGAGAGGAUUUACUAGAGCAAGGUAUCUUUGCACUUUCUGAAGAUGUUGAUAUUGGAUAGGUAAGCUUAGGUCUUGGGUGAGUAUUGCCUCUGUAGUUACACGCACACACACAAAAAGAAUAAUGCAGCCACCCGUCUUCUUUAUGUUCCGACGUCCGACGUCUUGUGUGUGACAGGCUGGUUCAGGAUUUUUGUUUUAUGAAUUCAGCCUUUAAAUUUCUUAGCAUGGAACUCAUUGUACUGCUAUAACUAUGUGUUCAUAUUUAGUAAUUGUUG